AUGAAAAGAACAGCGGUAGAUAUUGAAUUAUUGCCAGAACUGAUUGAAGACAAAGAACACAAUAUUGCUAUUAAGGUGCGCAAAAGUUCCUGGACUCUUAUCAGUGGUAUUAUUUGCGGGGCUAUCUUGAUGGCUUGUAUUAUUGCAGUUGCAGUGCUUCUCAUCACUCGUCGAAGACGAAAACGUCGUGAUGUUAUGAAUGCAUAUGUUGGAGACGUAGUUACAAAACAAGCAGCUGCUGCUGCUGAAGAAGAAGAAAGUGAUAAUAAAAUUGGCGGUAUGGUUUGCACACCCGGAGAAACGUCAUUCAGCAACGUGAUUCACUCUAAUCGUACUGAUACAGUAGUGCUUCCUCAGCUAAACUCGACGGAACUUAAAACACUUUUACGUACACUUAAUCACAAUGAGGUCAUAAAAGUGGUGCCAAAAAGUAAAAAACCACCUACAAUCACACGUGUAAUCACUUACGCUACAUCAGAUGAUAUAACUAGCAUUGAAAAUACUACAAUAAAUGACGGUGUUACGGAAGACAAUGAUGGUGAUUUACUAACAAAAUUGAUAAAAAAUGGUCCAAGACAAUAUCCAUUUAAAUUUGAUGAACUUCGAGAAAUGCUUCUUCAGGGAGCCCGAAUCCUUAUUGAAGAACCUACAUUGCUCGAAGUUCCAUUACCAUGUACAGUAUAUGGCGAUAUUCAUGGACAGUACAGUGAUUUGCAUCGAUGGUUCAAUUUGAAUGGUUGGCCAAGCCAAGUUCGCAGUGUAUUCUUGGGAGAUUAUGUCGAUCGUGGAUCACAUGGAAUCGAAGUUAUCGCAUUGCUUAUAUCACUUAAAAUCCGUUUUCCCAAAAAUAUUUACUUGUGUCGUGGUAAUCAUGAAGAAGAAUCUCUGAAUCGUGCAUAUUCCUUUCAUGAUGAAGUUCGCGUGAGAUUUCCUGAAAGUCCGGAUGGAAAAGAUGGCCGAACUUUAUAUACAUAUUUCCGAAGUUUGUUCAAUAACUUACCAUUGGCUGUACUGAUCGGAGGCAGAAUUCUCGGAAUGCAUGGAGGGAUCGGUCCAAAGCUUACAUCACUUCAAGCAAUUCGAGAAAUCCGUCGACCGUUGGAGGAAUUUGAGGUUGGAUCACUUGAAUGUGAUUUGGUAUGGUCUGAUCCAGAUACAACUCCAAACCAUGAUGGUUUUCGAAACAAUAUGGAGCGAGAACCAUUAUAUGGUAUCGGUCAACUGUUUGCUCCUGAUACAGUACAGAAUUGCUGCAAAAAACUGGGUAUCGAUAUGAUGAUUCGCGGACAUCAGGCACCUCUAUAUGGAUAUGCAUUAUUCUCAGGUGGUUGCAUGCUGACUGUAUUCUCAGCUCCAGGAUAUAAGGGUACUUCAAAAAAUGAUAUUAAUAUGGGGGCAUCUAUUGAAAUUUCAACUUGUAUGAAUAUCGCCAUUAAACAGAUUCAAGUAAGCGAAAAGUUUCGUCAGAAGAGAAUCGCCGAUUCUGAGCAUAGAAAAGCGAGCAGUCACAAAAGUAAGCAAACCCCGUCUGUCAACAGUCAACAGCAAAAUGCAUCGAUAUUGCGAUAA